AUGGGAGUCGAGGAAAAGACACGCGCUUCGGGCGACCAGCCCCGGGAGCCGAACCAGCCCGUUCUUCCCACCGUCAACCCUGAGGCUGAGAAGUCGCAGCCCGCCAAGGCAUCGCUGCACCCCGCCGUCUAUGUGAGCAUCUGGAUCACCCUGAGCUCCUCGGUCAUUCUGUUCAACAAGUGGAUUCUUUCCACGCUUGGCUUCGCCUACCCGGUGCUGCUCACCACGUUCCAUCUCGCGUUUGCGACGGUGAUGACCCAGCUUCUGGCCCGGUACACCACCUUGCUCGAUGGCCGCAAGACGGUCAAGAUGACUGGCCGCGUCUACCUGCGUGCCAUUGUACCCAUUGGUUUCUUCUUCAGCUUGAGCUUGAUCUGCGGUAACUUGACCUACCUCUACCUGAGUGUUGCCUUCAUUCAGAUGCUCAAGGCUACCACCCCGGUCGCUGUCCUCCUUUCCAGCUGGGCUCUCGGCGUCUCGCAGCCGAACCUGAAGGUCUUCCUGAACGUUUCGGCCAUCGUCGUCGGUGUCGUGAUUGCCUCGUUCGGCGAGAUCAAGUUUGUCUGGAUUGGGUUCAUCUACCAGAUUGCCGGUAUCAUCUUCGAGGCGCUCCGCCUGACCAUGGUCCAGCGCCUCCUGAGCUCUGCGGAGUUCAAGAUGGACCCCCUUGUCUCGCUGUACUACUUCGCCCCGGUCUGCGCUGCCAUGAACUUUGUCAUUGCCCUUUUCUGGGAAGUCCCCAAGGUUACCAUGGCUGAGGUCUACGAUGUCGGCCUGUUCACCUUCUUCCUGAACGGCAUGUGCGCGUUCCUCCUGAACGUUUCGGUCGUGUUCCUGAUUGGCAAGACUUCGUCCCUCGUCCUCACCCUCUGCGGUGUGCUCAAGGACGUCCUCCUUGUCGUUGCCUCCAUGAUCAUCUGGGGCACUCAGGUCACUGCCCUCCAGUUCUUCGGCUACAGCAUUGCCCUGGGUGGUAUGGUCUACUACAAGCUUGGCUACGAGGCUCUCAAGGGCUAUGCUGGUGAGGCUGGUCGCCAGUGGGCCGAUUUUGGCAACCGCCGCCCCGUGCUCCGCCGUCUCGCCAUCAUCGCUUUUGUCCUCAUGGCCCUUUUCGCCCUCUUCGGCGGCUUCGCUCCGUCGUAUGACGAUGCCCACGUCUACCUUGACGAGGCCAAGAACAAGAUGGGCCUGUCCAGGCUCUAA